GUUGCAGCGAUGGGCGAGGCACGGUUGAGAUUUCCUCAUCCGAACUACCAAAAACCCUCAUUCGAAACCACUUAUUUACCGUCUCUGCCAUACAUUUCUCGCCCGUAAUUUCGAAUUGCAUGGAGGGGUAUUUCCCUAAUCCUGUCCGUUCCUCUUGAGGACCGUUCAUCCCUCAGAGGAUGAUAGGCCACGUGUCAUACUCUCGACCCUCCUUUGCUUCGGUAUGUUAAAACCACUGGGACUUUUCCCGCUUUGAAAAAAAGAGAAAAAAGCUCCACAACAAAAUUGUAAGGAAGAAAAAAGAAAAAAAAGAAAACUCUGUUUAUCUAUUCCAGAGUCGGAGAACGUUGGCACAAAGAGCUAAACACGGUGUCGUUUCUUAGAUUUUUGAACUGAAAUGGUAUAAUUAGCUCUUUAGCUUCAAGCUCUUUCACUGUAAAACUGGUUAUCUGGCAAUGGCUAUCGGCGGUCUGAUUUCGAACCGGAAUUUCGGUUCUUUUAUCGGUUCAGGUAAACUAUGUCGAGGGGAGCAAGCCAUCUUACUUCACAGGGGAGAGAGAUCAGCUGUUGCUGUGGUGCAUGGGAAAAUGUUGUAUCGAAAGUUAUGCAGUCAAACGGCAAAUGGUUUUAUAUCUGGAUACUCAUUUGGUCCAUUUCUUCAGACUACUGUUCAUUUAGAUGAAAACACUUUGAAACCCAUAUCAAUUUCUCGUAAUGGCAGACAACCUAUUUCUUCAUUGUCCCUGCACCAUUCUGAGAAAUCUCACAGAGUUUAUCCUCAACAACGAAGUAGAGGAAGUUUUGGAUGUUAUUCUUCUUCAAGUCCCUCGCUUGGACGUUGGCUUGAGCCAGGUGAUGAGGAUAGAAUAAGAAAAAACAGGACUCGUGCUUACUAUAAGUCUGAGGAGUAUGACAUAACAGAAGCGAAGGUGGACCCUUUGCCGUCUCCAGAAGCAACCAAUGAAGUGGUUCUAGUUGAAGGAGAGAUGCAGGAAGCAGUCCCUUGGUGGCAGAGUUUUCCGAAGCGCUGGUUUAUCGUACUGCUCUGUUUUGCAGCAUUUCUGUUAUGCAACAUGGACCGUGUAAACAUGAGCAUUGCAAUACUCCCCAUGUCAAAAGAGUUCAACUGGAACAGUGCAACAGUUGGUUUGAUUCAGUCCUCUUUUUUCUGGGGCUACCUCCUCACUCAGAUUCUUGGAGGCAUAUGGGCAGAUAAAUUUGGUGGAAAGCUGGUCUUAGGUUUUGGAGUUAUCUGGUGGUCAGUAGCUACAAUUUUGACACCUAUUGCUGCAAGAAUUGGACUUCCAUUUUUGCUUACAAUGCGAGCUUUUAUGGGAAUUGGCGAGGGUGUGGCUAUGCCAGCAAUGAACAACCUACUUUCUAAGUGGAUUCCAGUGUCAGAGAGAAGCAGAUCACUUGCACUUGUAUACAGUGGAAUGUAUCUCGGUUCUGUUACUGGGCUGGCUUUCUCUCCUAUCUUAAUCCACAAGUUUGGGUGGCCAUCUGUAUUCUACUCAUUUGGCUCCCUUGGAAGUAUCUGGUUUGCAUUAUGGCUGAGAAAAGCAUAUAGCUCCCCAAAUGAAGACCCCAAGCUUAGUAAAGAAGAAAAGAAACUAAUCAUGGGAGGGAGCAUAUCAAAAGAACCUGUUAAGAUCAUUCCAUGGCGAUUAAUAUUAUCGAAAGCCCCUGUUUGGGCUCUCAUAAUCUCUCACUUCUGCCAUAAUUGGGGAACUUUUAUUCUCUUGACAUGGAUGCCUACCUACUACAAUCAGGUUUUGAAGUUCAACCUCACUGAAUCUGGACUCUUCUGUGUAUUGCCAUGGUUGACUAUGGCUGCCUUUGCAAAUAUAGGAGGAUGGAUUGCAGACACACUCGUGAGUAAAGGUCUUUCCAUAACUGCAGUUCGUAAGAUCAUGCAAUCGAUAGGUUUUCUGGGACCAGCCUUCUUCCUUACACAGCUAAGCCAUGUCAGGACACCUGCUAUGGCAGUGCUGUGCAUGGCAUGUAGUCAGGGAUCUGAUGCAUUCUCUCAGUCUGGUCUUUAUUCCAAUCACCAAGACAUUGGCCCACGCUAUGCAGGAGUUCUAUUAGGACUGUCAAACACAGCCGGAGUGCUGGCUGGUGUUUUUGGUACAGCUGCAACUGGCUACAUACUCCAACGAGGCUCAUGGAACGAUGUGUUUAAGGUGUCAGUUGCAUUAUACAUCAUAGGCACAUUAGUCUGGAACUUAUUUUCAACUGGAGAGAAGGUUCUCGACUAGGAAAAUUCUAUAGCAGGAACUAGGAAGAUUGGAAGCCUACAUAACUCAAAAGAGAACAACUUUCGAAGUAAUAGAAGGGAGCGUGCGUACCAGGGCGGGUGAAAGAAACCCAGCUGAAAGCAGCUAAGUGCCAAUGAUCAAAAGCUUUUUACCAACUUGUAAGGCCCUCUUGUACUUGAAAACAAACAUUUAACCUUGCUGGAAAAAUGUUUUCAGCCCAAAGUUCCUUUUUUCAUUUAAUUUAUGUGUUUCUUUAUGGGUAAAUGUUUUGUACCAACACAUGAAAUAUCUUCUUUGCCCAUAAAAUGCUUUAAAAGCGAGACACCCUACACCAACUUCAA